AUGGCGGCGGUCGGAACAGAAACGACAACGAGCAUGACAGCAGCAGCGACGACUAUAGUUGGUGGUUUCGACCUCCACAACGGGGUUGGCGACUCCGGUCAUCCCUCUCUCGAUCGUCCACGACGUCCGACAGUAAGAUGGGCACGAGGUGGUCGUCAUCGUCGACGAAGCAGCGGCAUCGGAGAUUUCUUUGGUUUCCGGUCAAGCAGCCACGGUAGGAAGUGGCGACAACGAAACAUCCUGGUGGUUUUCCGGCCAUACAAGAUGUCCAGCGACGUAGUGAUGGUGGUGUCUUGA